AUGACGAACCCAUCCCAACUCUUCCUCCUAGCCGAUCAUAUCAAGCUCUCCCUCCUAGAGCGACAGCGCGCCAUAUCCCUUGACCUCGAACCUAAUGCGCAAGAUGGAGAGAUCUCCCGGUCACUCGAGUCCCUCCAAGCGGGCAUCAAAGCCGUAGAGGCCGAGCAGGCACGGCUGGCAGAGUCCAAUGACAGCGCAGGCGCUGCCGCCUUGAAGGACCAGCUUGGCCCCCUCCAUGAGCAACUCCAAGAUUUUUCUUCCCAGUUUUACGGCACAGAUGGAGCCCCCUCCAGCCAAGACCCGACACAGGCGUCAGACUCCGUCCACAGGUCUGCAACAUCGCCCGAUCUCAAACAACCCGUUCCACAACAUCCCCCUUCCAAGUCGGUGCGGUUCAUGGAUAAUUCGGCGGCUGCCGCGGCUGUCCAGGAAGAAAUCGACGAGGAAGAAGAUCGCAAUCGCCAGAAUCUCUUCCGGCCAUACCGCGAUGAGCCGUCGCCGUCGCGUAUUGAUCAAUCCAAUAUGACCAACGAGCAAAUCUAUCUACACCAUGAUCGAGUGAUGCGUGAACAGGACGAUCAACUCGAUCAGUUAGGAGAGUCGAUUGGACGCCAGCAUCAGCUGAGUAUCCAAAUUGGAGACGAGCUCGAGGGCCACGUUGCGCUGCUGGACGGCAUGGAGGGCGAUGUUGAUCGUCAUCAGAACCGACUCGACGGGGCGCGGCGCCGGCUGGACCGGUUUCGACGCAAGGCUGGUGACAAUUGGAGCAUGAUGACCAUCAUUGGCUUGAUCAUUAUCCUGGUCAUCUUGAUUGUUAUUUUGAAAUAG